AUGAAAGCACCUCGUCGUCUUCCAGAGGAUUUCUUAUAUAAUAUUCCUCAAGAAAGAGCUGGAAACAGAGAUAGAAUUGGUCUCCCUGUUCUAAAUUCAAUUCUUGAUUCGAGAAUAGGCCAAAUGACUGCAAUUACAUUACCAACUGAUAAAGAAAGAAUGAAUUUACUUCAUGAAAUCAAUGCUAUUCCAGAUUCAUCAUCAAAAUUAACAUCAUUUCUUGAUUUUAUGAUUUCACAACUUGAUAUUCAAAGUCGCAAAUAUUAUUCGACGCAGGAUGAAUUAAGAAAUUUGAAAAAUAGAGUUAAUAACAACGUUUUUGAUCCUUCAAUAGAUGAAAGAAUAGAAAGACUUGCUAAAAUUCUCAACGUUCAACCAAGCAAAAUCGAAUCCAAGGUUGCAGAACUUGAAAAUCAGAGAAACGAAACAAUAUUCCAAUAUGAAGCAGAUUACCAACAAUGUUUAGAAGCAUUAAACUGUCCAAGAUAUGGUUUAUCAAACGCUAUUGAAAAGUUACUGAAAGAAAAUGAUAAACUUCAUGAAGUUACAGCAAAUGACAGAGGACUCAUUUCAAAGCACAGUAGAGAACUACUAAGCGAAGAAGAAGAACCAACUUCAAGCCAAAUUAGUGCAAGUUCAAUUAAACUUGAUUCAAGUUCGAGUAAUGGUGGAUUUGUAACACCAGGAAAGAGGAAUCAAGCAGAUCUUGUUAAAGAUAUCCUCUCUGGAUUAGAUAGCGCAUAA